CGGUCCGCGCGAGUGCCAGCAUUUGUCCCGUUAUCUCUAUAGCGCUGUCUCGCGGUACGGGACGAUUCGUGUGUUCUUGGCUCUUGGCUCUGCUCCAGCUAGAAGCGGUGUGUGCCGUGUUCGUGUGGUCCAGCGAAUUUGCGCGGCUAACAACAUUAAACACAGAAGAAACAGCAACACGCGGAAAAUUAAGUUGUUAAUUCGGUCUCUGGGCCGAUUCGGUUUUCCGUUUCUUUUUUUCCUUCUUCUAGUGGUCGUAGGUCGAUACAGUAACUGCGCCAGCUGCGGAAGGAAAUCUUGGUGUUUCUACUUUGCUUGCUGUUGGAUGCUGUUGAAUCGUGCUUGAGGGUGCGCUUUGUCGGGGUCGUCGUGGGUAUUUUUCCGGCCUCUUUCGUGACGGAUUUUAGAAGGAAGGGGCGCACGGAAUGGAAGAAAAUAUUGGGCCGAGAGCUUCUGUGGAACGCGUGGAAUAAUUCAUACACAGUAGGAUUUAUUGAAUUAAUGGGUUUUGAGAAGCUGCGGGAUCGUUGGUUCAAAACUUAACGCUCUGUAAAGUGGAUUGUGGGGCACUGAUGGCAGAUGUUUGCUGAUGGUGGAGAAGUAUCUGCAGGUUCCUCCAACAGGCUCCAUCGAUUGGAUUAGUGUGAGGGCAAAAGGCGGUGAAGCUGAUGUUGUUUCCGGCGAAGAAGAACGACGCAAAGAUUGCUACCGGUGGAUAAAGUUCGUGUCUGAGAAGCUGGUACUUGGUUCAUCAAAGUCUGAAAACAACUUUCGUCAACUGAAUUUCGCUGGUUCGUUGUUUGUGUUGUGUGGCUUCCAGUAAGUGGGUGUACCAGGUGAUAAGCACCUUAGCUACCAGUUCUGAUUCAUCAUCAAUAAGAAAGUAGGUGGGUGGGCUUAUAAGUGCGAAAGUUCAAGGUGAAUCUCAUGUGAAGAUGACGGUGAAAAACCUGCUGACAGCUGAAUACAAGUGAUAGGCAUCAUCGUUGCGGGUGACGAUAUUCCAUUAAGCUGCCGGAUCCAAAGCAAGUUGAAGGUGUUGAAUCAUUUAUCGGAUCACGAUUGAAAUUCAAUUAAAUCAGGAAGCUUACUGUUGGCAGUUCGCAUCUAACCCAACUAAUUGAAACAUCGUUUAUCGGGACAUGCGGCUCGGAAGUGUUGCCGCAUGGUAAUUGAAAUUGAUUUCCUAUUAGUAGCAGUGUGGCGAACAUUCCCCUCGUUAGUUAAUCGCUACGCAUAUCUGUAGCUGCCAACCUUUCAAUUAAUGGAGGUUUAUUGACCACCAGCCACCAGACACAGGGGGGAAAGGCAAACGUCAAUCUGUUUCCCGGUGGUUUCUCCGGGGUACCCUCUGACAAGUAUCGGCUAGUGGCAUUCCAUGGUGGAAAUUCGAUGGUGGUAUCGAUAGUUGCUUUUGCUGUUGACGGGAUCGACUAUUAGUGAUAAGUAUAGGACUAAGCACUCGUAACUGGUGUGAUGUGUGGGAAUUUAAUUUGUCGACGUAUGUCGAGUGCAGCAGCGGAUUAGCACCGGUCAACGAUUGACCGCAACAUGGAUUGUUCUAUUGACGCAUAAUAGAAUUUUCAGAGGAUAUUUCCUGUGGUUGCAACAAAAUUGGAAAAGCGCUUCUAAUGUCCAUUACCGGGAACGAUAAAAUGCAAUUGAAGCUGCAUUUCGAUUUCGUUUCCAAUUAAUGGAAGGUCCUGCUUUCAUCCUCCAUCUGAGGCACCAAUGUCGAACGUGAAAGGAAGUGAACAGUCAAAUCGAACUGAUACCUUGAAGGACCACCCGAUUUACGUUGAAUUUUGCGGAAAAAGUUAAAACAAAAAAUACUACAUACUCUCGAAGCAGAAAGACGGAGGAGCAGCAAUUGUAUUAAAAACCCAAACGAUGCAGAGUGCAAUCAUCAGUGCAUUAAUUUUGCUAGCGAAUGUGCAAAUCAAUCGACAUCGAGUGAAUGGCAUUCUGAGUGUUGAGGACAGCGGUGGAGGAGGUGGAGGCGGAACAACACGUGACGAGGGCGGGGGAGGAGCAACUGGUGCCGUAGGAAAGGAGCAAAUGGUGAGAGGAGCAACUGGUCCGGGGAGCUGGAAUGUUGGCGGAUUGAACAGCCUACAGCAGGGGGCGCAUAGCAUCAUCAAAAAAUUUUCGCCGCAUCCGUACUUUGACUUCGAUCUGCCGCGAAAUAUCACGACCCGGGUGGGCCAAACGGCUUUCAUCAAUUGCCGGGUGGAGCAGAUCGGUGAUAAAUGGGUUUCCUGGAUAAGAAAGCGAGACCUGCACAUCCUGUCGGCGGGAAUGGUUAUAUACACCUCAGACGAGCGAUUUCAGGUCGCCCGUUCUGACAGGUCCGACGUUUGGACGAUGCAGAUCAAAUUUGCUCAACAGCGAGACUCCGGCGCUUACGAGUGCCAAGUCAACACAGUGCCUAAGAUGUCGAUGACAUUCCAGUUAAAUAUAGUAGAGGCAAAAGCUCUCAUCCUCGGACCAACAGACAUAUACGUAAAAAUCGGUAGUGCGGUGACGCUUACCUGUAUCAUAACGCAGGGUCCUCACGAUUUGGGUACCAUCUACUGGUAUCGAGGAUCCAAUAUCAUCAAACCCACAGAGUCCCACCCAAACGAGUCGUCGAUUGUCUAUCCUCCCCGGAUAUCGGUCGAGCUGAAGUGGACGGAAGCGCUCACCUCGAGACUGAAAAUACUGGACGCCAAACUGUCGGAUUCCGGCAACUACACCUGCAUGCCGACAUCGGCCGAGGCCAGCAGCGUCAUGGUGCACGUUCUCAAUGAGGAAAAUCCAGCCGCCAUGCAACGAGGGGGCAGCAUAGCACGGUACGGAUCCCGGGCCUUCAUCCAGCUGCAUUUGGUGGUCCUUCUGGCAGUGGCACUGGCAUCCCAAUUCCAUCAUCGACAUCCCUGCUGGCAACGGUGCUCAUAGCAAUGAUGGAGGUCGUAAAAGUACGAAGUACCUAGUAUGUAGAGUCGACGGGUGGCGUUGAUGAUCUGAUGAUGGAACAGCAGAAGCAUAGACAGCAGAAGCAGCAGCAACAGUAGCGAACGAUAGACAGAAAUGUCGGCAGAAGAAGCAGCCGCAGCAUCAAGUGCGACGACCAAAGAACGGGGCUUCCGAUGCGCCAUUUCGGAUUGGCGGAAAAUUAGUAGAAAUCUGCCGGCAGUGACUGAAAACAGAAUUAGUGUAUUUUUGUAUUUUUUUGGUUCUCGAUAUUUCACUUCCAUCGAUUGUACCAACUGUGUGCCGGACAAUUCGGGUGAGAUUUUUUUUUUGUUGCAAACGGAUAGUUCGAGCUCAACCGAAGAGAAAAAAAAAACCCAUCUCCGGUCAGUGGAAGUUCGAGGCCCAAAGUGUAAAUGUAGUAUUAAAAAUGAAACAGUUUAUACGGCAUCAUCGGUGUCGCCACCAUCGUAACGAAGUCAGUCAGCCGCCACAAUCGAACGAAGUCCAACAAAACGAGGUAUAAUUUCUUCACAUAGACGCCCUAAGCUUCCCUCGAGAAACAGAUUAAAGAAAGAUUGUCAGUACAGUUCAUAAAGUCGAAUAGAGUUUAUUAGAAUCAAAACAAAAGAAAAAAAAAACAAACAAAUCACAUCCGCAGUCAGAAUCGAAACUUUUACACAUCGUGGUGAAAUAAAUCAUAUUUAUUGAGCAGCCGAUUGAUGAUCGACAGUUUGCGUGACAGGUUCGUGCGUGACAGAAAAUGAUUGGCGAAAAAGCGCCAGGGAACGAAAGUGUGAGAGCAUAAAAAGAAUAGUGAAGUGUAAAUAUAGAGCAUAAGAUGUAAAAAAUCACUUAGGUGCGAAGUAGAAGCAAAAACCUGAAGCCCGAUGAACUAAGAAGCAGCAAAUAACAGAACAGCACAAGUUGAUGAUAUUCAAACACUUAACAGAAUAGUUCACGUUCAAUUCUCACUGCGCCGAACAUCUAUCGAGGGCGCGUAAUUCAAGGGCAACACUGUACAGAUGCCAAAUGGUGGCAAAACCAAAAUUUGCUGUAAAGAUGUUCAAAUAAAAAAC